AUGGCUCACAUGUUCAAUCCAGCACCCGAGCCCAAGACUCCUCUUGGACGCUACCGGGUACUCUCUUCAACUGCCGGUAUUAGAGUUUCGCCUCUGCAGCUCGGCGCAAUGRGCAUUGGCGACGCCUGGAAUGGUUUCAUGGGAUCUAUGAGCAAGGAGAGCUCCUUUGAGCUGCUCGAUGCGUUUGAGGACGCUGGCGGCAAUUUUAUCGACACGGCCAACAACUACCARAACGAACAAUCAGAGGAGUGGAUUGGAGAGUGGAUGGAAGCUAAAAAGAACCGCGACUUUAUGGUCAUUGCAACCAAGUUCACGAGCAACUACCGCGUGGAGAAGGAUGGAAAGGGAAAGACUGUCAACUACUCUGGCAACCACAAGAAAUCUCUGCACACAUCGUUGAGAGAUUCCUUGAAGAAGCUGAAGACCGAGUACUUGGAUAUCCUCUACGUUCACUGGUGGGAUUGGACGACUUCGAUUGAAGAAAUGAUGGAUUCUCUCGACGCCGUGGUCAAGAGCGGGAAAGUGCUGUACUUGGGUAUCUCAGACACUCCAGCGUACAUUGUCUCCGCUGCCAACACCUACGCAAAGGCACACGGCAAGACCCAAUUUUCCAUCUAUCAGGGCAGAUGGAACGUGAUGUUGCGCGACAUGGAGAGGGAAAUCAUUCCAAUGGCGCGGCAUUUUGGUAUGGCGCUGGCUCCUUGGGACGCCAUAGGUGGCGGGCACUUUCAGACCAAAGCCCAAAUGGAAGAGCGCCAAAAGAACAAUGAGGGUGUGCGAAGCAUUCUCGUGCAAGGGCAGACGGAACAAGAAGUCAAAGUUUCGGAGGCUCUGGAGAAGGUCGCCAAAGAGCACGGCGUCGAGUCCAUCACAGCCGUGGCUUUGGCCUACGUAAUGGCCAAGACACCAAAUGUCUUCCCAUUGGUCGGUGGCAGGAAGGUUGAGCAUCUCCAGCAAAACAUCAAAUCCCUGGAGAUUAAACUUUCUUCCAAGGAUAUUUCGGAUCUGGAGGCUGCUACGUCUUUUGAUGUGGGAUUCCCCAAUAACUUUAUAGGACAGGAUCCUCAUGUCAGCGGACAAUCGCCGCCUCUUGUCGGUGCUAUCGCGCCAAUGGCAUGGGUGAUGGCCUCGAAGCCCAUUGGUCACGAGUAG